GACCGAUUCUAACGCCGUUGAUAAACGUCCACCCGAAACUAGGAAGUCUACAUUUGAGUAUGUUACAAGGCAAACUUCCUUUCAUCGCCGGAAAAUAACGAGUCUCAAAGAUGGCGGCGCCGUCAUGGAUCCAAUCGCUAUUGAAUCAUCGGAAGAACGUGCUGGCCUCUAUGCACAUGAAAUGCGUCUCCACUCGCCUUCGCAAAUACGGAUUGAGAUUUGAAGAUUUGUUCGAUCCAAUGGAGGAUAUGGACAUAAAAGAGGCUCUAAGACGCCUCCCUCGUGAAGUUGUGGACGCUCGACACCAGCGUCUUCUCCGUGCUAUGGAUCUCUCCAUGAAGCAUCAAUACCUCCCCGACGAUCUUCAGGCAAAGCAGACGCCAUUUAGGAGUUAUUUACAUGACAUGAUAUCUCUGGUAAAUCAAAAUCCAUAACUACUAGUUCUUUCAAAGCACAUGUACUAUGUCCAAUUUUUGUAGCAAGGAGCUACUUGAGAAAGAAAACAAGAAAUCAAAUAAUCAAGCAGCACAUUGAGAGUUGUUCUUUCCAAUUCACUUCCACCACCUUAUACAAGUAACUGCCUCAAGGCAAUUUGAUAACGCCUGAUAUUGCCACCUGCUCUGCAUACUAGAAAAAGAAUCCUACAUCUAAUUGAUACUUAUGUACUCGACAUUGGCCUGUAAGCUCCUUUGUUCGUCUCCGUCCACCAGGACAUGGUGUUGGUAAUUAAGUUUUGACAAGGCUAUUGCUUUCUAUGUACUGUGCUUUGUGGCUUUCCGUAUUCAAGAUGUAGAUGAAAGUCUCCAAUGUGGGAGUUUAAAGAUACUAGUUAAACUAUAAACUGUAAACAUCAAUCUGUAACCUGUUGAAAUAUCAAGUCUUGUAUACAUUGGAUGUAAGGUGAAACCAGACUUUUGUAAUGCAAUAGGACAAUAAUUUUUGUUUGUUCAAGCUAGCUUUUUUGCA